AUGGCUGACGCUGAGCGCGAAUUUAUUCCUGGCACGGUUCAUCUGGUCGACCUGGAACGGACGCUUAUGCUUAAGCAUGCCUCCGGUAAGAAGCAAGACGUUAUACUGAAUCCAGCCCCUUCGGCGGAUCCUGAGGACCCUUUGAACUGGAGCCCGCGCCGAAAAAUGCUGUCAACAAUUUGUAUGGCUAUCUACACCUUCGUGAUCGCCUACACGAGCGCUGCCAUCUAUUCGAUCUUGCAACCCCUCGCCGACGCAAGAGGCUUGACACUGGCUGAUCUCAAUGCUGGAACUGGAUACAUGUUCCUUGCUUAUGGCUGGGGGUGUUUGAUCUUCCAGCCAUUGGCCAUCCAAUACGGCAAACGCCCCGUAUAUGUGAUCACGAUGCUCAUCUCGGUGGGGAUCAUGUUUUGGGCUCCUUACACAAAAUCCAACGGAGAAUACAUCGCCAACAAGGUUUUACAAGGGUUCAUUGGUAGCCCAGUGGAAAGUCUAGGAGAAGUCAGUGUGGCAGACAUUUACUUUACACACCAGCGCGGAACAUAUAUGGCGGUUUAUGCACUUGCACUCACCGGAGCAAGCUUCUUUGCACCCAUCGUCGCAGGCUUCAUCAACGAUGGACAAGGGUGGGAAUGGGUCAUGUACUGGUGUGGAAUCCUAUGCCUAGCGGCAUUCAUCUUCCUCUACCUCUUCAUGGAAGAGACAAACUAUCAACGUUUGACGGUCAUGACAGCAACUGAGAUGGUAUCCCAGAACUCGGUGGACCCUGCCUCCGACCCUACCACGGCUGAACUCCAGGACAAUCCAAAAAAACCGCAGGUCAAUGACACAACGGCAGUCACAAGCACAGACGAGACGAUUGAGUUGUCAGCGACUCUAUCGCAGCAAUACCGCCGGAAGACGUUCUUUGACAAAUUGAAGUUUUUCCAGCCCGGAGUAUGGCAGCAAGAGAACAAACUGCUAGGAAUGAUGGCCCGCCCCCUGAUCUUCUUGACAUGGCCUGUCAUCGCCUUUGCCGGCUUCACCUACGGUAGUAUCCUUGUGUGGUUUAACAUUCUGAACGGAACCUCUUCACUCAUCCUAUCGGGGCCUCCAUAUCACUUCAAGCCCAGUAUGGUUGGUUUGUCCUAUGUAUCUCCCCUGCUUGGAAUUUUACCGAGUCUAUUAUACACCGGCCCUUUCAGCGACUGGUUCGUAAUAAAGAUGGCUCGUCGAAACAAAGGCGUUAUGGAACCAGAACACCGACUCUGGCUUCUGGCCAUUUCAAUCGUCUUAACCCCCACAGCGCUCAUCAUCUGGGGCGUUGGGGCCUACCGAAAUAUACACUGGUUUGGUUUGGUCUUCGCCAUGGGCCUUCUUGCGUCUCAGAUCGCGAUGGGUUGUUCGAUCUCUAUCACAUACUGCGUCGACUGCUACCGUCGUCUCAGCGGCGAAACCUUGAUCACUGUCAUUCUGAUCCGGAACACCAUGAGUUUCGCCGUGUCGUACGGUCUCACACCUUGGGUCUUGAACAUGGGCUAUCGUAACGCAUUCCUGGUCGCAGCUUUUGCGGCCAUGGCCCAGAUAUCUACGACCUUCAUCUUCAUCAAGUGGGGCCGAGCCAUGCGCAAAAGAAGCAUUCCUAAAUAUCUUGAGUAUGUGGAGAAGACGAUGGGGCAUUGA